AUGAAAUAUUUUAGGGGGGGGUUGUCGCAUAUUUUGCCAGCAUUGCACGGCAUCCAGCAGAUUGAGGAAGAAGACGAUGAGAUUAUGAGGGUCACAAUUAUGAUGACAGCCAUGAUUAAGAAAGGAAAGAGCAUGACAAAUGUCCCAUCAUCACCUCUCAUGAGGGGACAAAACUGUUGCAUUGCAUGGUUACCCUCACUUCUCUUCAUUCAUUUAAUUGCAUCGUCUUCCCUUCUUCACUCCCUCAUUCCUUUCCUUUGCUUUCGUAGCGUGCAAUCAUGCAUGCCAGGAGCAACACAUUAUGGUCCACGCUUGAAGACUCAGAUGGGUUCUUCACUUAUGCUAUAA